AUGGACAAUGAUAUAAAAUCAUUGACAGUAUUAACUAUCACUGGCGAUUUUGAUCAAAAAGAGCAACCAAAAAUAUGUCGUGAUCUUUUUAUAGAUCCUCCUCGUUCAUAUCUUGAAUUAUGCUGCUAUUAUGGUUCAGUUGAUUGUUUUAAGUUUUUAAGAUCUGAAUACAACUCAGAAAUAUCAAAAAUGUGCUUGGUAUAUUCAUUUUACAGUGGAAAUCCUGAUAUUAUAAAUGAAUGCUUAAAAGAAUGCACUCCUACAAAUAAUUGUAUGAGGUAUGCAAUUAUAUCACAUAACAUCGAUUUUAUUACUUUUUUGAUGAAUGAAUUCCAAUUAAGAAUUGAUAUUGAUGCCUGUAAAUCAUUUCAAAAUCUUCCAGCAAAGUUCAUUUAUUUCAUUAAAAAUAAUAAUAUUAACAAAUUUUUUAAAUCAUUUAUUAAAUCAUUUGAUAUUCAAAUCCCUGAACUCUAUGAAUAUCUCAUUACGCAUGGUGCAGAUGUCAAUGCAGAAGAUUCUUAUGGAAAUCCAGCCCUCAUCAUUGCAAUUAAAUCUGGUAAUGCUGAUAUCGUAAAAGUCCUUCUUUCGCAUGGUGCAGAUGUCAAUUCAAAAGAUUAUCAUUGGGAUUCAGCUCUCAUCAUUGCAAUCAAAUCUGGUAAUGCUGAUAUCGUAAAAGUCCUUCUUUCGCAUGGUGCAGAUGUCAAUUCAAAAGAUUAUCAUUGGGAUUCAGCUCUCAUCAUUGCAAUCAAAUCUGGUAAUGCUGAUAUCGUAAAAGUCCUUCUUUCGCAUGGUGCAGAUGUCAAUUCAAAAGAUUGUCAUUGGGAUUCAGCUCUCAUCAUUGCAAUCAAAUCUAGUAAUGCUGAUAUCGUAAAAGUCCUUCUUUCGCAUGGUGCAGAUAUUAAUGCAAGACAUCAUAGUGGACUUCCUGCUCUUGAGUUUGCCAAACAAAAUCAUCAAUUUGAAAUCGAAAAUCAUUUACUAUCAUUUGGGGCAAAAAUCAAAAAAUGA